UUUUAUGAAGGAACACCGGUUUCAAAAAUAAAGAGGGGGGUCCUCUCCCGGGAAAAUUUGGAUUUCUAGGUGAAAUUUGGUGCUAUUUAAGAAGUUUUUGUAUCUAAUUAUUGAAUAUACUGCUGGUAGAAAAAAGAAUACUUUUUAGUACGGUACUAAAUUUUGUUUUAGACAAGAAUCAAACAAAGAUACCUUUAUCAAACCCAGGGUCUCGUCCGCUCAAAAUCAGUAUUAUUUUAAUACCAUGAGACUCAUAGCAUGCAUUAAAGUCCACAUUCUGUGCAACUUAAAUCACUGACAAUGAUGAUUUGCUUUUUACUUUUCACACACACAAAUUAAGUUCACUCUACGAGUAAAAAAAAAGGGUAUAAAAUUCACACCUAUAAUGUCUAGCUAAAACUGCAGAAAUACAGUCCAAAAUUAUGCAAAAUUGAGAUAAACGUAGCGCACAAACAAUUCUUAGUUUUUAUAUAACACAAACUUAAUUUGUAAAAAAAUUAAAGUACCUAAUUCACGGUAGCAGACUACAAUUAUAAUACUUACACCGUAAUGUAUACCCUGACGUGAAAACAUCUCACAAAGUUUGGUAGAUUGAGCGCUGCCCAUAGAACAUUGUACCUAUUUUGCUGGGACUGGGAAUGUUUUUACUUUUUCCAUUCUAGAUUAUUUCUUCAAAUUUUCGGAGGGGGUUUAAACCCCCCAUCCCCCACCCCUGGGUGCGCCACUGGACUAUAUAUAUAUAAUAUAUAUACACACACACACACACACACACACACACACACACACACACACACACAUACUAGCUGCCCAACCCGACUUCGCACGGUUGUAUUAAUGGGGAAAAAAGGAGACCAAAUCUCUUAUUUACAGUUAUAAUAAAUAAAAUAAAAUGAAAAUUAAUUAAUUUUGACAAAAACUUAAUACAAUGCUUUGUAAUGUACCGAAGAAAAAACUAAUAGCACCGAUGGUUUCCCGACUCUCGAGCACGCAACGUUGUCAUGGAGACGAAGUACCCACUGUUUCCCGGGCUUAAACACCAAUCAACAUUGAUAAUCAGUUUAUUAUUAAUUAUAAAUUAUUAAGACCAUUAAUCGAAAUAAAAACUAUCCUAUCUCUCAAGUUGGAAAAAAAUUACACAUAAAUGCCAAUUUUCAUCAAAAUCGGUUGACUUGGUGAAGAGUUCACUGGAAACAAACAUCAGGACACUGGAUUUAUAUAUAUUAAGAUAUAAAUAUAAAGAAUAUAAGAUAUAUUUUUAAUAUGAUUUCAGUUGGAAUUUUAGUGGUAAUGGAAUGGUCGACAUUUGGGUCAUUAGAGAUGAUGUGAAGUGAAGUGACGUGAAUGGAACGUGGUGGGGGAGAUUGGAGCCGCCUGAGAAAACCCACUGGCACACAGCAACAUCCACCACGUUUCGUACUUGAGGAAACCUCGGGUUUGCCCUUCACCUGUAUUGGAACUUGCACUGCCUUUGUGACAAGCGAGGUGAUCUGAUCACUCAACCACCAUGGUCCUAAUUUUAGUGGUGUAGCAUUAAAAUGUAAUCUCUCUUUGACACAAGUGCAAACACAUCUUGAGCUACUGAAGCAUCCAACAAACUCUUUCCUAAGAAUCUUUACCACGUGAGUUUUCUUUGUUGAAAAAUAAGUCUGUGCGUGGAGUCCUCACGGGACAGAAGUAAAACAUAUUGUUUAUUAGAGAUGGAUAGAGAUAAAACAUUAGUAUUUUUUAUUGAAAAGAGAUAAUAAUUGAGAAUUGUAAGGAUGCGAGUAUGAUCUCAAAUGAAAUAAAAAUACUUCACUACCACAGAGCCCACUAUAAACUUUGAAGUCUCAUUGCUUUAAGCUUCUGUGUAAAACCAUACGACACUUUUAGAAUGUGCAACAACAUUUGUUUUUUUUGAUAAUAUUUAACACUUUUCGCGUAAUUUGUAAUUAAAAAUUCCCCACAAAACGUUUCCUUAAAGUUUUGCUACAAAACAGGCAUGGUAGCAUGGCAAGUGUGUAGCUACCCCUUUCAAAACUUUUGUACUAUCAUGCUAUUUCAAAUUAUUAUCAAAUAACAUGUUUUAUUCAUUUUGAUAGUUUUUACAACUCAAAAUAUUUUAAUUGUUUAGAGCUUGAUACUUACCGUGAAAUAUUUUUGUGCCAAGACUGAUCAAAGUAACUUUUUUCAUACCCUUGUUGUUUGAAGCCACAUUUUUUUAUAAGCACAGAGUUUUUUUUAAUACACCAGCCUCGUUCUCAUUGAUUGAGUCAAGUGCGGAAUGAAAUAUUUUCUCAAGUCAAUGCCCGUAACAAAAUCGCUGAUCCAGUCAUGAGAAAAAAAAAAUAUGUUGGAACCCAGAGGACCCCCGAAAUUUUCUCACGAUAUUUCACCACCUUUAGAGAUGGACUUCGGGAUGAUACUUCAAAUUUACUUUUUUUGUGGAAAAAAAAGUUUUGCCUGAGUAGGUUCACGUCUAAAAAAAAGUUCUUCCCCCACUCCUUCAAAAAACUAACUUGUGAAAUAUUUUUGCGAGUUACCCGAUAAAGCACCAUGCUGGUUGGAAAGAAAAUAUGCAUGAAUAUAUAAAAGGCAUUGCUUCUCUUUGUCUACAGAGAGAGUACAAGAAUAUACACAGGCUCCCUGUUAUGUAGUCUGUCAUAUAGGAAUAAUUUACAAGUAACUACAUGUAUGGUGUGUUGUGUAGCACACUGAACACAAUGACAAUUCGUCAAGAUACACAAGUAACCACAGGUAUGGUGUUAUGUGAGGCAUACUGUACACGAUUCAUCAAGAUACACAACUAACCGCACGUAUGGCGUUUUGUGUAGCAUACUGUACACGCGAUCAAUUAUAUGUCAUUCCACAUAAAAUUAGGAUCAAAUUCUCUCCCAUCGGGCACACAGCAGUUGAUGAAUAAAACAUUGAAUCAAGUCCAAUGGGUACUCUCUUCCUACUAUCUAAAGGACAUAUUUGAUUUGAUAGAACAUAUAGAGAACUAGAAGUGGAAGGAAGGCGGAGGAGCAGAGGGGGCAAAAUAUUUGGGGCCCGGUCACCAGAGGGGAAAGGGGUUGAGUUCAGACUUCUUUAAUGCUUCGACUUUCCCUGAUAUGACGAAUAUUACAAGUCUAUUGCAAAUCGGGGGGCACGGCAGUGCCCCCGCCAAGUCGAGCGCGAAGCAAACACUGCCGUACCAUCCUUUACUGGAACCAUUUCGCCGCAUUUUCAGGCCCCUAUUUGAGAACCUCUGGAUAAGACCAGAACGCAGAUAUUUUCGUCAUCCAGUAAGCUAUAAAAUCUCAUACUUAAAAUAAAAUUUCAAGUCUGUAGGUCAUUUAGUUCCGAAGUUAAGCGAAAGCAAAGUUUCGCAUUUAUGACACUCACUCACUCAUGAUCAUCAGAAUAGAACUAGUACUUACCAUAAACUCAGAGAGCUGAAAUUUGGUACAGAGUUAGGGUUUAAUGGCCAAAUAAAGGGAAAACUAUAAAAACGAGGAUAAUCGAAGAUCUGGAGUACCUGGUGAUCCUUAUUUGAAAACACAAGAGCCCAACCAAACUAUUAAAGAUCGACAGACCGCCUUUACAAAAAAUAUUCAACUUUGUUUGCCUCUUCAUUUGAAGUCAAAAAUCGAAGGUCUGAAGUAUAUGAUGAAGAACCCUCAGCUUGUCUCAGCUGUAUUAGAGAUAUGGUAAUGCCCCCUUCUACUAUUGGUAAAUAAAAAAAUCGACUGUCAUUGCAAAAAUCCAGCGUAGUGGGACACAUCUUCUAAUUUAAUCUAGCCUAAUGCUUCCCACUGCUGAGCGAAUGCCUCCCCUUCUGCUUUUAAUACACAUAUAAAUAAAAUUAAAGGAAAACUGUGGAUAAGACUAGACUGGCUUUUAUACUUAUACUUACAAGUUUACAAGAAGAAAUUGUCGAACGAUUAACUUUAUUCUACUCGAACAUUACACAAAUCACACUAAAUUAUUAAAUAAUUUCGCUCAAAAUUUGGUCAAAAUAUAAGUAAUUGGACUAAGAGUGGCGGUGAUACCCGCACACAUCGCUAGAUCACGCUGACUGUAUUUUAAAACGCGCUUACGUUUGUUUUUCCGAUAACCUUAUAUUGCGAAGUGGCAACCGGCCGCGUUACAGUCGUUUACGACAUUCUUCUACUGCGCUUGAAAACGUUUGCUAGGGAUUAGGAGGGAUUAUUUGCAUUUCGUUGAUUUCGCUUAUUAUUUCGUGAGGUUUAGGCGUAAAUACCGCGCCGAUCUUUCAGAAAUUAAACCGUCUAAACCGUCUAAAAGAAUAAAUAAUGAACGCGAAUGGGCAAUACGAAAAACUGUUGCUACUGUACAAGGAUCAGAACCGGAAAGAAGAAAAGAAAGAUUUGUAAUAAUAAAAAAAUUCUCUUAAAAAGAAAAAAAUGUGUCAAAUAAGCAAAUCUAAUAAAAUAAAUCAAUAUGCCCACGUUUCUACAAAAAGAAGUGAAAUCCCACCAAAAACAUUCUGUAAAAAAAAUAGCCAAGUCUCGAUGGAGCUGCUUGUUUAUCUCUAAAAAGUAAUGAAAUCUAGACAAAGUCGUGCCAAGUCUAAGGUUCCUUACUGCGAUAUUUUUAUUAUUAUAGUUAAUGUUGUGUGACUUGGCCGUUGAAGGGUACACAAGGGUACAAAACCAGGUGCUCCAUGACACAAUUGCACCAAUCUGUCGCCAGAACCGCUACCCAUUGACGAUGGAAAAUUGCCACUUGGAAAACGUUGAUUUAAUAACCAGUCAAUUGUAGGCUUGAUAAAGCUGCGUAUUUCAAUAAUACUUAUGUGUAGGCGAGCCUGAAACAAACAGUAUAAAAAAUUAUUUCCAGUACAGACGGACUUCUAAUCAUUGAUAGAAGUCCGUCUGUACGUCUAUUUUAUGUUAGAUCGGUGGUCGAUUUGACGCUCCAAAAAGAAGAGAGCAGAAGUCAGCAUUGUCAAAGCUGAAUGCAUGUGUUACACAAUCAACAGCCUAAAAUGAUACACUAGCGUCCAAUUACCAAUACCAGUAUGGGAUAUUAUCUCGCUUAACAAACAGAUAUAACAUUACGUGUAAACAAAAUUGACUUGUACCCACUAACGUAUAAAGAUUGUUCAACGGCCAAGUCACACAACAUUAACUAUAAUAAUAAAAAAAUCGCAGUAAGGAACCUUAGACUUGGCACGACUUUGUCUAUAUUUCAUUACUUUUUAGAGAUAAACAGGCAGCUCCAUCGAGACUUGGCUAAUUUUUUUACAGAAUGUUUUUGGUGGGAUAGAAUUUACUGGAAACCUUGCAAGUAAAGAUAUACACAUAUCACGCUUACAGUUAUGGCUAGAGUAACAGUUGAAGAAUUUUUACUUUUUUUUUGUGGUCUGAAUAGUUUUACACUAAAUAAUUGGGAUGGGUCCCGACAAAAUUAUUUUCCCCCGAGACUUUGGUUUAUUUCUCUCUCGAUGGGCCUGAAAAGUGGAGUUAAGUAUGUUUUUGAUAUUACUUUAUAGUAAUCAAUACAAUUAUUUUAUCUUAUAAAAAUACUUUACGAAAAUUUUUCCAUGGCUUAGUUAAAACAAUUACACAGAACAGUUAUAUUUUAAGACGAGUAGUUUUUAAUGUAGUUUAAGAAGGUAGACGUGUUUUACCUAAACUUCAAUGUAUGCAGAUUUGCGUGUUUUUGGAUAUUGUGUGAUUAAUGACGUAUUUUAUGUUCUUGCGUGUUCGACUCCGUGUGAUGUCUACGCGACAAAAUAAACAAAUAAAAUGAUAACUUUUAUAUACCGGCAUUGACCAGCCAACCAAAAGCUCGCAGUGGAAUAUUGAUCAAGUUCCGGUAACGUGACCUUUUUUUUUUUUAAAUGAAAGCUUUAUGGCUAUUAUUCCCUCCCUGCACUAUCACCACCAUCGUGAUACAAUAAAGUCCAUUACGUACUCCCCCCCGGAAGACUCAUGCGGGAUGGGAGGUUAGGGCUGUAAGUAUCCCGAGGGGCAGGUCGUGUGCGGAGGGCACAGAACAUCGAGGUCGUCGGCCCGGGCACAAUCUGCCAAUCAACGGACGAGGGCGGACCCGACGGUUGCGCGGCCAAUCAGAGGUUUCGGCGUCGGAGAGGACCAAAUAGUCGGUCAAACUAAGUUUCUGUUCAUUUCGGUGACUAAAGUUAGAGUGGUACGUGAAAUACGUCUGAUCAAUAGAGACCGGAAAAAUUCGCGGAUUCAUUUCACGACGGCCUGAAAUUCACAUAGUUAUACCUAAGUGCUGGCUCUGCUAUUGGCUCACAACUCACCUGGACGACUCUGGGCCAGUGAGAAACACUCAACGGAAACUGUGUCGAAUCACAGGCCGCUGCAUUGGGAAACCUUCGCCAGACAGCAGACAAUGAGUGGGUGGCAUUUGACCGAGUGUAGGUAGAACUAUAAAGUUCAUCCUAGAGAUCAUUGAACCGGCGAAUAUUUUCCCGGUCCCUACGUGAUCAACGAAGACAGCUGAGGAGCGAAGUGUCCGGCUCGGAUGGUUGGUUGCUGGUGGUUGGUCGCCAGUGUCGCGGAAGGGGACCGCGGGCAUGCGCGGGGUCGUCGCGGCUCUGGCGGCGUGCGCCUCGCUGCUGGGGCUGGCAGCUCCGGUCAGAGGGGGCGACGACGCGGCGCGCCUGGUCGCCGACGUGAGGCGACACCUCGGCUCCAGCUGCGUGUUCCUGCCGCGAGGCCGCGCCUCGCGACCACCAGUUUAUGAAGAACGCCUCGCAGCUGAGACCAUGAAGCUGUUGCCAACGAAUGCUUCGCUGUACUUUGAAAGCACAGAAAGCAUGUUGGAAAAGAAGAAUUUUCAACACUGCUUGAACACAAGUCCUUUGCAAGUCCUCGUCCCAAGAAGCAACGCUUAUGUUGAUAUAAUGAAACAACUGGCGACCUCGUACCUGUGGAGGUCCUCGGUGUGGCUGGUGGUGCUGGCCCGGGGCGAGACCGCGGGGGACCUCGUCCGGCCGGUGUGCGGCCUGUCCGUCGGCCUCGUGGUCGUCGCAGAGCUGUCGCCGCAGCAGGCGCGCCUGUCCAAGGUGGUCUGUCCCGGGACUCCGAGCGGAAGCACGCCGUUUCGGGACAGUCCUGAGGCGCGCCUCGAGUCGCUGGGACGAUGGAGCCGCCUCUCCGGGCUGAGCUCCACGGGGGAGUACGAGGCCGCCGCCGCCAACCCGCUCAGGGGAUCUCACCUCAGGGUCGCCGUGCUGGAGGUACCAAGAAUCACCGAAAUGUAUGACAAUCAAACGCGUGUUGGAGGAAUAUUUGGAAAGAUUUGGGAAGCUUUUGGAAGAGACAUGAACUUCACGAGCGAGUACGUGACGGUACCCGAUGGCGCCUAUGGCCAGCGGAAACCAGACGGCAGCUGGAACGGCGUUGUCGGCAUGGUGAUGAGAAGGGAGGUGGAUGUCGGUCUGGCGCCUCUCACCAUGACAAAGUCUCGAGCCGAAGUCGUCGACUUUGCCAUCCCGCUGCUGAUGUCCAACUACAUGAUCUUCAUCCGCAAGCCGAGCACGACGCAGAUAAACUGGAAGAGCUUCAUGAAGCCGUUCAGCUGGGAGCUGUGGCUGACUGUAGCGGUGCUGGUGGCGGCCGUUGGCGCGACCAACACGGUCGCCCUCGCACUCAUCCGCCACCACGUCGGGCCAGCCACCGAGGAGCGCUGCUCGACGGCCGACAACUUGUUCUACGCCUUCACCAUCUUGUACUGCUAUCAAGCACUGGACAAGUUGCCCAACUCGUUGUCCUGCAGAACCGUGUACAUCCUGACUUUCCUGACGGCUGUGGUGCUGUCGGAGGCGUAUUCUGGGAAACUGAUCUCCUUCAUUGCGGUCAAGAAGACUUACUUGCCAUUCACAUCACUGGAAGGCAUCUACAAAGAUGGCACUUUUAAAUUUGGCGUGGUGGCGUCUACUGCUGAAGCUGACUUAUUCAAGCACUCCAAGGAGGACUCCCUGAGGAAGGUGUACCGGCAACUGAUGGCCCCGGACCCUCGCAACUACGUGCCGGACGAGCUCCGCGGACUGCAGAGGGCCUGCGACAUGGACUACGCCUUCCUCAGCUCCUACGAGGAGACGGUCAGCUUCGUGCGCGAGGUCAGCUGCAGCGUGGUGACCCUCCCUGAGAUCUUCUUCAAGUCAGCUCUGGCAAUCGCCCUGCCUAGGGGCAGUCCGUACAUCAGCACCUUCAACGCCAAGAUAACCGCCGCGAUGUCCUCGGGCGUGGUGUCGCGGCUGUACCGGGGCGCCUGGCCGCGCGAGGAGGAGCUCCCCUCGGGCGACACGGAGCCCGUCGAGCUGGGCAGCGUGGUGCCGCUGCUCAACAUCCUGGUGGCGGGCGCGGCGGCGUCCCUCGUGCUGCUGGCGGCGGAGGCGGCGUCCAGGCCGUGCCGGCGCCUCUGCGACGGCCAGCUGGGGGCGGCGUCCGACACCUUGCACCUGGUCCGCUGCAGCCCGCGGCCGCCGACCUUCCGCCGGGGGUUCUCCCUGGCCAGGAGGCACAGCUUCUAGCUUCUCCCCUCUCUCCACCCCCUCGCUCGACCCCGAAGUUUCCGUCACACUUAACGUCUCUUUCUUUUGCGAAUAGUGACUGUACAUCUCGAUAUGAACAAUGUUUGCAACGCUUUCACGGCCAUUGUCUCGAGUAUUGCUUGGCUUCUGGGUUGUAGCCGCGUCCUAGGCGAAUAUAGUUCACCGACGUUUCGGUCGAUAAUUGCAGCCGCCGCCAUCAUCAUCAUCAGGCAACUGCUCCCUGACGAUGGCGACUGCAAAGUCGACCGAAACGUUGGUGAAUUAUUUCCCGAUGACCGCGGCUACUACCCGGAAGCCAAGCUACUUAAAAUUUUGAUAUAAUUGUAAAUUUUGAUUUUUUAAUAUGAUAUACUUAACCAUAGGCGUGCCUACAAGGGGGGGGGGGGCAGGUGGGCCAUGGCCCCCC